CUUGUCCCAUGUUCCACCGCCUGGAAACGAAUGUCAUCCCACCCAAGAUUCGAGGCAUUUAAUCUCGACGAUCUAUGUGAUCAGUUGAAGAGAAAGGCCAAAUGUUCUGAAAAUGGGCCAGUCUUUGAAGAAGAAGAGAUUGACAUUGUGAUA